AAUUGGUAGCCUGUGCAGUUUGUUGAUUGCUGGGUUGAUUGCUUUCAUGCGUGGUCGAUUGGGUCCUUCAGAUGGCUUCUCGGAUAGCUGUGGUCACAGGAAGUAAUAAAGGAAUCGGAUUUGCUAUAGUGAGGGCGCUGUGCAAAGAGUUUGACGGUUAUGUGUAUCUCACAGCUAGAGAUGAAGAAAGAGGGAAGAAAGCUGUGGAGGAUUUAGAAAAAGAAGGUCUUCAUCCCAAAUUCCACCAGUUGGAUAUCACAAACCAAAAAAGUAUUGAUAAUUUACAGAAGUAUUUGAAAGAUAAAUAUGGAGGACUGGAUGUACUUGUCAACAAUGCGGCUAUUGCAUACAAGAAAAAAGAUGCUGCUUCUUUUGCUGAGCAAGCUGAGGUUACAAUAGCUUGUAACUUCACAGGAACCUUAGAUGUAUGUAAAGCGUUACUACCAUUAAUCAAGCCACAUGGCAGGGUUGUCAAUCUUGCAAGUUUUGUUGGAAAGAGGUCUUUAGAUGGGAUGAGAGAUGAUCUGUCUAGUAAGUUCAAAUCACCCAGUCUUACAGAAGCAGAGCUUGUGUCCCUUCUUGAAGAGUUUGUGGUUGCUGCCAAAGCUGGCACUCACACUGAGAUAGGUUAUCCAAAUACAGCAUAUGGUAUGUCUAAAGUAGGUGUUAUGGCAUUGACUGGAGUACAAGCACGUGAUUUGAAAAAUGAUCCUCGAGAAGACAUCCUCAUUAUGGCUUGUUGUCCUGGCCACGUGGACACUGAUAUGUCAAGCCACCAAGGGACAAAGACUCCCGACGAAGGAGCAGAGACUCCUGCCUAUCUUGCUUUACUACCACCAAAUUCCAAUGGUUUUCAAGGAGAAAUGUUUCAAGAUAAAAAGUUGUAUCAAUGGAGAUGAAAGUAAUAAUAAUGUUGUUCCAAAUGGUUGCAAAGGCUUGUGUGAAGGAGUGUCAUAUGUGGAAUAGUAUGCGUAAUGAUUUUAAGACAACAGUAUUGACACAACAAAUAAUUGUAUGUUGAUUGGUUGAAUUGUUAAUAUUAUUAGCAACUCAUUAAAGUCAAAUGGAGAAACAAUCCAUU